AUGCCUGAAUACAUCAGACCAAAAUUGGACGCUACUAGUGGAUUGCCUAUUGAUUUGGCAGCCGUUGGUGCUGUUCCAUUGAAGGCCGUUGGUGGUGUUGCUAAUAUUGCCACAGGUGUUGUUGGUGGUGGUGUUGGUUUGGCUGCAGAUGGUGUUACCAAGGGUGGUUCGUUCAUUAAGGGCUUUGGUAGAAGUUCCAAGAAGAAGUCACCAUCCAAAUCUAGUUCCAAUGGGGGCCAGCGUGAAGCUAAUAGUGAUGAAUUCUCAGACCUUGCUUCUCACCAAACACGUCAAACAUCCCAAACUAACGCUACUUCGGAGAGUAAUAAGGCUACUGAAGAAGAUCCAGAUAAAUUGAUGAGUGAUAUCCAAUCUAUGCAAUCAGAACAACCAUCUAUUGUUCAUGCUGUUCCUAAUGUCAACCCUGACCUCUUGCCACCAGCGCAAAGACCAAAUGUUGGACAUUCGCGUUCUACUAGUGAUGCUAGUAGUUUUGUUGGUUCCAAUGGUAAUGGAAGUGGGGCUAUUCCUGGUAGAGUACACAUCAUUUCUGGUAGUGGCUUUUCCAGUAAUGCUGCAGAAGUUAAGAUUUCAUUAAAAUCGGGUUCAAAAGAAAAGGAUUUACUUAAAACAAGACAAUUAAAAGCUGAUAAGGAAAAGAGAUUUAAUUGGAAUGAAUCAAUUCCAUUCAAGGCAACUUCAGACUCCAUUCUUGAAUUCCACGUCAGAGAAAAGCACACAUUUGGUAAGAGUGCCGACCUUGGAACUGGCUCCUUGCCAUUGGCGUUAGCUAUAAACCAACAAGAAAAUAUUCCUAUCACAGUUGGAUCUGGUACCAUUCUUGUUAAUGUUAGAUAUAUUCCUAUAAAAUGA